UGGUGCUCGCGCGACCAGCGCGUGGACGACAACUGGGCGCUCCUGCACGCGCUCUCCGUCGCCAAGUCUCGAAACGUCCCGGUCGCGAUCGUUUUCGUCCUCGUCCCGUCGUUCGCGUCCGCGAGCGCGCGCCAGUACGCGUUCAUGCUGCGCGGACUGCGCGAGAUGGCGAAGACGUGCGAGGCGACGCGUCUUCCGUUUCAUCUCGUCCGCGGCGACGCAAACCCCGCGGCGGCGGCGGCGGCGGCGGCGACGCGCCUCGACGCGUCGCUCGUCGUGACGGACUUCUCGCCGCUCCGCGCGCCACGCGAGUGGCGCAACGACCUCUCCGACGCGCUGAAGCGCGCGAACGUGACCGUGCACGAGGUGGACGCGCAUAACGUCGUCCCGGUGUGGGAGGCGUCGAACAAGAGAGAGUACGCCGCGCGGACGAUUAGACCGCGGAUCACUAAGCGACUCGCCGCGUUUCUGACGUCGUUCCCCACGCGCGACGCGGUGCGCGACGCGGCGCUCGCGGCGGCGGCGUCGCCGCGCGCGACGGAUGUGCCGACCCCGGAGCGCGUCGACUGGGACGCGCUCAUCGCGGACGCUCGCGGCCGAGACGGCGGCGUCGUACCGGAGACGCUGCAUCCGACGCGGCGGAAGCCGCCGGGGGAGGCGGCGGCGCGGCGCGCGCUCGUCGGCGGACCGGACGCGUUCCUCCCGUCGCGGCUCGCGAUGUACGACAAGCGGAACGACCCGAACGUCCCGCGGGCGCUGUCCGGGCUGUCUCCGUACCUGCACUUCGGGCAGCUCAGCGCGCAACGGGUGGCGUUGGAAACGAACGCGGCGCGGACGGAGGCGACCGCCGCCGCCGCGGACGCGUUCGUCGAGGAAGUCGUCGUGCGGUCCGAGUUGAGCGAUAACUACUGCUUCCACGAGCCGAAUUACGAUAACAUCAACGGCGCGUCGGGGUGGGCGAUCGAGAGCUUACGCCUGCACGCGGAGGACGCGCGAGACCCGGCGUACAGCCUGGAGGAACUCGAGAGCGGGUCCACUCGCGACGAGCUGUGGAACGCGGCGCAGCUCGAGAUGGUGCACUUCGGCGCGAUGCACGGGUUUCUGCGAAUGUACUGGGCGAAGAAAAUUCUGGAGUGGACCGCGGAAGGGCCCGAAGUGGCCCUCGAGCGCGCGAUCUACUUGAACGAUAAGUACCAGCUCGACGGCAGGGACAGUAACGGGUACGUCGGGUGCAUGUGGGCGAUAUGCGGCGUGCACGACAACGCGUGGAAAGAGAGAGACGUGUUCGGGAAAAUUCGGUACAUGAAUUACAAUGGGUGCAAGAGGAAGUUUAAGAUCGACGAGUACGUGGAGAGGAUCGAGCGCGAGGUG